AUGUUGUCGACAGACGAAGCGGCUGUGAAACAGGGCAAAAAUCUUAUCCGUCUGGCAUUCGGAAGUCCCGCUUUGGAGACCAAUCCUCUUGUUGGAGUCCAUUUCGACUUGAGGUAUGGUCCUCUCAAUGAGUGGCUGCUCCAACUACAGAAGGACGAGCACCGACCACGCCUCCUCACCAUACCUGACCACCCCAUGCAGUUUGAUCUCAUCAUUACCUCCGGGGCUUUUGACGGGCUACGUAAUGCUCUUCAUUGCUUAAUGAAUGAAGACGACAGUGUCAUCCUAGAGACAGAGGUCUUUGGCAACGUCACAACUGCGGUCCAGCUAUAUGGCACAGAAGUGGGCGUAGCCCAUGACGACCAGGGUAUCAUACCUGGACACCUUGAGCAACUUCUGUCCACCUGGCCACAGACACACCCAGGCAGACCCCUGCCCAAGGCCGUCUACGUCAUCACAGCUGGGAACAACCCCACAGGGUACAACUGGAGUGAGCAGCGUAUGGUGGACAUUUACUCUGUGUGCAGGAAGUACAACAUUCUCAUUCUUGAGGACGGCGCCUAUUACUUCUUACAGUUUGGUCAGGUGGUCAUUUACAACGUGUUAAACCACUGGGGUUAUGAGACAUUCCAGGAAAAAGUGACGGCUGUGGCAGAGCUGUACAGGAAGAAAGCCAUGUUCGUGGAACAAGUGGCACAGAAACAUCUCAAAGUAUCAGUGAGACAGCUGACUCGGCAGAGAGGGGACCUGAAGCGUGAGUCAGCUCGAAAGAUAUUGCAACAAUGUGAUCUCAGUCACCAUUAG